CAAUAGUGUGCCAAUGAUAUGAGAGGAAGAAAUAGAUGUGGUGGGAGUUGGGUUUUAUGGCACUGACCUAACAUAAAAGAAUUGUGCUCCUCACAGAUGCCACGUGUCGCACACUGCAACCCGCCAUUCCUUUUUCUCUUUCUCUUUCUCUUUCUCUUUUUUAUUCAGAUGGAUAGCAACGCUUCAAGUUCUCAUUCAAUGACAAUUGCGCCCUCAAAUCCCAGUAAUGGAUCUGGCAAGAAGGUGAGAAAACCUUAUACAAUUACCAAGUCUAGGGAGAAUUGGUAUGAGGAAGAGCACGACAAGUUCCUCGAAGCUCUUCAACUAUUUGACAGAGAUUGGAAGAAAAUUGAAGAUUUUGUAGGUUCAAAAACGGUUAUUCAGAUUCGAAGCCAUGCCCAAAAAUACUUCUUGAAGGUUCAAAAGCAUGGGAAUAUAACACAUGUGCCUCUUCCUCGUCCUAAGCAAAGCAAGCACUCGCUGUGCAGUUUGUAUAUGCGACCAUUGGCCUUCGUAAGCACAGCCAGGAGAGUGUGUGCUAGAAAUGCUGAAGAGCCGAAAACAAUCUUCAGCUAAUAUUCUAAGGUUCUUUAAGGUUUUGUUGUGUUGCAGUCAUUCUGUAUUUUAGUUGCUAUUUUAAGGAUGUGGUAUAGUAUUCAUUUUGGAUAUGAUGUGGUAUAGUAUUCUAGGCGCAUAAGUAUAAUAUUAAGAUAAGUUUGAUGGUUUCAGGUGUAUUAAAAGAAAAAAAUAAGGAAGCGGAGGUAAAUAAGACAUACCUAGUCACACUUCGUUUCGUGGUUUACUCUUGCCACUUUUGAAUCUUCAAUUUGCCGGGUGAAUUUCUUCGUUUAGUAGGGCGAGUUUCAACGUUCCAAUGUAAAUUGUGAAGUGCCUCAUAAUAGGAAGUGGUCCCAAUUUAUAAUUUUUUAUUUAGCGUCAUCAGUUUGAAAAACAAGUAUUAACAUUUCAAGAAACCAUUGCAACAUAGUAGAUUUGCUUUUGAGUUUAGAUAUAAGCUGUAGCUUCAAUUAUUUGUUAUGAGAAUACAAUAUUAU